UGAGAGCAGCAGCAGCUUCUCAUUGUCCAGCAUCCAGUUGCAAUUUGGAAGUCGCCUGUCUCUGCAACAAGAAUGUUUCGAAAGGCACACAGCCAUUAUGGUGGCAGUGUGGGACCCCGAAUUUCUAGUUCAGUAUCUACUCGACUCUCCAGCGGCCUUAUAUCUGGUGGCAGUGGAUAUGCAAGCAGUAGUUUAGGAGGUGGUGCUGGAUUUGGUGGUGGUGCUGGUGGUUUGGGCUUUGGUGCUGGAAGUGGCUAUGGAGGUGGCUUUGGAGCUGGAGGUGUCUUUGGAGCUGGAGGUGGCUUUGGAGCUGGAGGUGGCUUUGGAGGUGGCUUUGGAGCUGGAGGUGGAGAUGCAGCAUUCACUGGCGAUGGAAAAGCCACAAUGCAAAACCUCAAUGACCGUUUGGCUGCCUACUUGGACAAAGUGCGCUCCCUAGAAGCUGCUAAUCAUGAGCUGGAACAGAAGAUCAGAGACUGGCACAGCUCCUCCGCUACUGCUGCUGGGAUUCAGGGCAAGGAUUAUUCUCCAUAUUUCGCAAUCAUCGCUGAGCUGCGAGACAAGAUCUUUGCUGCCAGUUUGGACAACUCCAGGAUCAUCUUGCAAAUUGACAAUGCUAAGCUUGCAGCUGAUGACUUCCGAGUCAAGUAUGAGAAUGAGCUGGCUAUGAGGCAAUCGGUGGAGGCAGACAUCGCUGGUCUCCGCAGACUUCUUGAUGAAAUGACCAUGGCCAGAGCUGACCUGGAGAUGCAGAUUGAAGGUCUGAAGGAGGAGCUCAUUUACCUCAAGAAAAAUCAUGAGGAGGAAAUGCUGUCUCUGAAAAACUCAGUGUCUGGCUCUGUCAAUGUGGAGGUGGAUGCAGCUCCACAGGAAGACUUGGCCAGGGUGCUCGAGGAGAUGCGGGCACAGUAUGAAGCCAUCGUCGCGAAGAAUCAACGUGACAUGGAGAACUGGUACAAGAACAAGUUUGAUGAAUUGGACAAGCAGGUAUCCACCAAUACUGAAGCCCUUCAGUCAUCAAAGACAGAGAUCAGUGACCUGAAGAAGACUGUCCAGGGUCUGGAGCUUGAACUACAAGCACUUCUUACCAUGAAAGCAGCACUUGAAAACACUCUUGCUGAAACUGAGAACCGAUACGGGGCACAACUCCUCCAGCUACAAGACAUAAUCAACAGACUGGAAGGUGAACUGAUGGAGGUCAGGCAGAGCAUGGAGCGCCAGAGCAAUGACUACCAAAUGCUGCUGGAUGUAAAGACUAGACUCGAGAUGGAGAUUGCAGAGUACCGGCGACUGCUGGAAGGAGAGGACGUGGGAAGAGGCUCGAAGGGAGGAUUGGGAGGAGCAGGAAGUGGUUUUGGAGCAGGAGGUGGUUUUGGAGCAGGAGGUGGCAUUGGAAGCAGCUAUGGUGGUGGUAGCUUUGGAGGUGGCAUUGGAGGCAGCUUUGGUGGUACAGAUGGAAACUUCAGCACAAAUGACAAAGCCACCAUGCAAAACCUCAAUGACCGCUUGGCUGCCUACUUGGAAAAAGUACGCUCACUGGAAGCUGCUAACCAUGAGCUGGAACAGAAGAUCCGAGACUGGCACAGCUCUUCUUCUGCUGCUGGUGGGGCUCAAGCCAAGGACUAUUCCCCAUAUUUCAUGACCAUUGAAGACCUGCGAGCCAAGAUCUUUGCUGCCAGUUUGGACAACUCCAGAAUCAUCCUGCAAAUUGACAAUGCUAAGCUAGCUGCUGACGACUUCAGAGUCAAGUAUGAGAAUGAGCUGGCCAUGAGGCAAUCUGUGGAGGCAGACAUCGCUGGUCUCCGCAGACUACUUGAUGAAAUGACCAUGGCUAGAACUGAUCUGGAGAUGCAGAUUGAAGGUCUGAAGGAGGAGCUCAUCUACCUCAAGAAAAAUCAUGAGGAGGAAAUGCAGUCUCUGAAAAACUCAGUGUCUGGCUCCGUCAAUGUGGAGGUGGAUGCUCCUCCACAGGAAGACUUGGCCAGGGUGCUCGAGGAGAUGCGGGCACAGUAUGAAGCCAUCGUAGCGAAGAACCAACGUGACAUGGAGAACUGGUACAAGAACAAGUUUGAUGAAUUGGACAAGCAGGUAUCCACCAAUACUGAAGCUCUCCAGUCAUCAAAGACAGAGAUCAAUGACCUGAAGAAGACUGUCCAGGGUCUGGAGCUUGAACUACAAGCUCUUCUUUCACAGAAAGCAGCUCUUGAAAAUACUUUGGCUGAGACUGAAGCCAGGUAUGGGGCACAGCUCCUCCAACUACAAGAUGUAAUCAACAGACUGGAAGGUGAACUGAUGGAGGUCAGACAGAGCAUGGAGCGACAGAGCCAAGACUACCAGAUGCUACUAGAUGUGAAGACCAGACUGGAGAUGGAGAUUGCAGAGUACAGGCGACUGCUGGAAGGAGAGGACGUGGGAGGUUCAAGAGGAUCAGGAUCAGCAUGGGGAUCAGGAGGAGGAGGAGCAGGAGGAGGAGGAGCAGGGUUUGGGGUAGGAGGAAAAGCAGGAGCAGGAGGAGGAGCAGGAGCAGGGUUUGGGGUAGGAGGAGGAGCAGGAGGAUUUGGAGGAGGAGCAGGAGGAUUUGGAGGAGGAGCAGGAGGAGGAGGAUUAGGAGGAGCAGGGUCUGCAGCAGCAGGAAAAGCAGGAGGAGGAGCAAGUGGAGGAAAAGGUGGCUCUGGAUCAGGGGAAGCGUCGAUCACUGCAUCUUCAUCUGCCUCAGUGACCAAAACCGUGCCUGAAAAGGUAAAAGAGCCCGUCCGCACCAGGAAAGUGAAAAAACUGGUGGAAGACUUUGUGGAUGGAAAAGUUGUCAACACUCACGAAGAAGAGUUUGAAGAGGCGAUACGCUAAAUUUUCCAAGUGCACCAAAAGUUUUAAUGUUGAAUAAAAUGGUGUAAGUGUAUUUUGGUGGUAUAUCAUUUUUGAAAGUGAUACCUUGUAUGUUUAAGCAAACAAUGACAAACAUUACAUUGCACUAAUCUGAACUCUGAAUCUUAGCAAUAAAAAAUCUUUUCUCAAA